UUCAAUCCGUCCUUUUCAAGAAGAGGUAAAAAAAACCAUUCGAAAUAUUGCAGAAAUCGAGUGUAUAUCAGAAGGCAUUCAAAGAAUUAGGAAACACAGAAAUAGUACAGAAAAAAGAAAAAAUUUUCCCGAUACUAGAGAAAUUUGUAUGCCAAAUGUAUGGUUUGAAAUGUUCAAAGUUAAAUAAUGCACGUUAUGAAAAGUUCCUUGCUACGUACAACACAAAUAAUCCUAAAGUGUUUAUGAAAAAAGUAGUAAGCUAUGAUUCAUCGAAUUUACCACCCUGCAAACGUGAACUACAUCAACAACUAUUGAGAACUGCCUACAUUACAAAUAUAUGGCGAAAUUGUAAUUUAAAAGAACCAACAAUUCUUACACCUGAAAAUAACGGUUGGAAUUCAAUUGAUAGUCGUUACGAAUUUAAUUGGUUUGAGGGGAAUACGGUUCCAUCUUCUAUAUACGACAUACUUUUACAAGGACCUGCUGAUACUGCCACAGCACAAUCGACUGAAACUGAGGAAUGCAUUUCAGAUGAGGAAAACAUUGUUGAAGAAUCAGAUGAUGAUGAAAAUAGUGAUAGCGAAAUUUCGGAUGAUGCUGAAGAAAAUGAAUGUUAA